CAAGACGACAGGCACAAAAGAAUCCGGCUGCUGCUUCCCUGCGACAGCGACGCGUCUCCUCCAGUCCGCGUCCAUCUCUCCGCGUCACCACCACUCCCCUGCACACUCUGCCCUCGCGCGCCACCCCGAUAAAAUCCACCGCGAAUCGAAAUCCCACUUCCGAAUCCAACACAAGAACCCAUCACCAGACUCACAUGCGUGCAUAGGCCCCGGUCGCAACUCGCAACCACCACCAUGCCUCCGCUGCUCGUUUGCCUCCUCCUGGUCCUCUUGCUUGCCGUGCCGCGGCCGUCUGUCGCGGCGAGGCCGGGUGCAAAGCCGCUUCUUUUCUCGCUGCGGGCGCGGCAGGUGCCGGCGGGGGCGCUGCCGCGGCCCCCGAGCAAGCUGCGGUUCCACCACAAUGUGAGCCUCACCGUCUCGCUCGCCGUCGGCACGCCGCCGCAGAACGUCACCAUGGUGCUCGACACCGGCAGCGAGCUCUCCUGGUUGCUCUGCGCGCCAGGCCACCAGGGAAGCGCCGCAGCAGCCGGCGCCGCCAGGGACGCGUUGUUCCGCCCGAGGGCCUCGGCCACCUGCGCCACCGUGCCCUGCGGCUCUGCGCAGUGCCACUCCCGGGACCUGCCGGUGCCGUCGUCCUGCGACGGGGCCUCGCGCCAGUGCCGCGUGUCGCUGUCCUACGCGGACGGGUCCACCUCCGACGGCGCGCUCGCGAUCGACGUCUUCGCUGUCGGCGACGCGCCGCCGCUGCGGUCCGCGUUCGGCUGCAUGUCCACCGCGUACGACUCCUCCCCCGACGCCGUCGCGACGGCCGGGCUGCUGGGCAUGAACAGGGGCGCCCUCUCCUUUGUGUCGCAGGCCAGAACGCGCCGCUUCUCGUACUGCAUCUCCGACCGCGACGACGCCGGCGUGCUGCUGCUCGGCCACAGCGACCUCCUCUUCCUGCCGCUCAACUACACGCCCAUGUACCAGCCGACUCUGCCACUCCCCUACUUCGACCGCGUGGCCUACUCCGUCCAGCUCCUCGGAAUCAGCGUCGGCGGCAAAACCCUGCCCAUCCCGGCGUCGGUGCUCGCGCCAGACCACACCGGCGCCGGGCAUACUAUGGUGGAUUCCGGCACGCAGUUCACCUUCCUCCUCGGAGACGCCUACUCCGCCCUGAAAGCCGAGUUCUUGAAACAGACCAGGCCCCUCCUCCCCGCGCUCAACGACCCCAGCUUCGCGUUCCAAGAAGCGUUCGACACCUGCUUCCGCGUGCCCGCGGGGCGCCCGCCGCCGUCGGCGAGGCUCCCGGCCGUGACGCUGCUGUUCAAGGGCGCAGAGAUGGUGGUGUCGGGGGACAGGCUGCUCUACAAGGUCCCCGGCGAACGGCGCGGGGGCGACGGCGUGUGGUGCCUGACGUUCGGGAACGCGGACAUGGUGCCUAUCACGGCGUACGUGAUCGGGCACCACCACCAGAUGAACGUGUGGGUGGAGUACGACCUGGAGCGCGGCCGCGUCGGGCUCGCGCCCGUCAAGUGCGACGUCGCCAGCGAGCGCCUUGGCCUGAUGCUGUGACGCCGCUCUGGCGCGCCGUAACCGCUCCGGGGUUGGUUCCUCCACGGCCCGGCGGAACAGCUGCCUAUAACCUUAACCAACCAAACACUCUCGGUCUGGAACUUGUUUAUCACCACCACGGCACCACUGGCGGUGCGUGUCAGCGUGUGGCACUGUACAGUUGGUUAGUGUAAGCGUGUAACGGAGCAAGUUAUCGAUGUGUUUUCUGUUUCUUUGACUGAGUGAGUAGGGAUUUGCAUGUAAAUAUCGACGUGUCCUGAUGUACAUUAUGUGUGGGACAUGAAUCUUGACGUUCUUCAUG